GAAAUGCUUUCUGAAAGCGGCUUGUUUUUGAAGGGUGUGCUGCUGGGAAGCGCUGUCUGUGUCUUGAUCGCUGCACUAGGACACGUGGGGAUUGGUUAUGGGCCUAGGAGGGACCGCCACAAGCAUCGGCACCUGCAGGCCCCUAAGGAAGAAGGCAUCUUGAAAACCGCAGGGGAUGAACGCGCGGAGCCCAGCAAGAGCUCCCGGGUAUACUGCGUCGUCCUCGUGAGGCCCAGAGAUGUGAGUCUUUGGGCUGCAGUGAAGGAGACCUGGACCAGACACUGUGACAAAGCGGAGUUCUUCAGUUCUGAAGAAGUUAGAGUGUUUGAGUCAGUCACCUUGCACACAGACUCCAUGUGGUUGAUGAUGGGCAGAGCUUGCAAACACGCCUUUUAUAAGUACAGAGACCGUUACAGCUGGUUCUUCCUUGCACGACCCUCAACGUUUGCUAUUAUUGAAAACUUAAAGUAUUUUUUGUUAAGGAAGGAUCCAUCACAACCUUUCUAUCUAGGCCACACUGUAAGAUCUGGAGACCUCGAUUAUGUGGAUAUGAAGGGAGGCAUUGUCCUAAGUAUUGAAUCAAUGAAAAGACUCAUCAGACUUCUCCUUUUCCCUAAAAAGUGUUCUGAACUGGGAGCGAUGAUUUGGAAGAUGUCUGAAGACGAGCAGCUAGCAGUCUGCCUGAAAUCCGCUGGAGUGUUUGCAGGAAAUGCAGAAGAUUCUGAAGGAAGAGAUAUAUUUAAUACCAAAUCUGUUAAGCUUUUAAUUAAAGAGGCAAUGGCUAAUCAAACCAGCCUGGCAGUAGAAGGAUGUUGUUCAGAUAUGGCUGUUACUUUUAGUGGACUGACUCCUAGUCAGAUGCAUGUGAUGAUGUAUGCGGUAUACCGUCUUAGGCCAUUUGGGCAUAUUUUCAAUGAUGCGUUGGUUUUCUUACCUCCAAAUGGUUCUAACAAUGACUGAGAAAUGAAACAAAAGCAUGUAUAUGAUCGCUGUAUAGGACAUGUGUUGUCAUUAUCUGUAGUCACAACUACAUAUCCAACACAGCAAUAUGUGUCUUUUUUUUUUUCUCUUUUUCAGUUUGGUGACACUGGUUGAAUCUCACAUUAAAAUUUAGUAGUACAUUUUUAAAUAGGGUGGGUUUUUUCCUUAAAACAUAUAUGAAAAUUUCAAACAUGUUGGAAAGAUGUCGUAAGAAUAAUUUUGCAAAUCAAACAUUUACAAAUAGCUUUAUGUGAUGAACUAAGCUAUGGACAUUAAAAUCUGUGGCACAUAUUUUUGCUGAUUGGUUAAAAAAUGUAAUAUGUCUUUUUAGCUUUCUAAGAUAUGCAGAUGAAUCUCUAGUUGUGAAUUUGUGAUUCAGGUAAAACUUUUAGCUGUGUUUCCAUUACUUUUAAUGUUGGUUUAUGUUCUAAGCCUCUGCAAGUGCCAAUGACUUGGCUUUCUCAAAAUACACAGCCAACAAAGGAAAUGUUCCCAACCAAUGUAAAAGUGGAAGUUGAAAUCUAUCCUUGAGAGACAAAGUGACAAUU